CGACCAUCACACACAGCUACACCAGAGCUAGACAUCUUCUACAGCGGGAUUGCAGCGGAGGCCGCACGUCCAGGAGAGCAGGCUAGCAUCGCAUUGGUUGCUCAAGCCAAGUGGGCAAGAAAGAACGCCUGUAUCACGCCCACAGCCUCGAGAACAGACGUUCAUGCGACAACCGCGGUGAUACACACGGCAAACGACAGACCGCUGCGGCCACACGCAUGUCGGAGGAUAAGAUGGACGUGUCGCCUUUGGCUAAUCAUCAUCCGGAUGCUGCUUCAUCGACUACAGAAGCACCUACGCACAAAAUAGCCAAAUUACCAGACCCGCCAGCGAUACCACAUAUAAAUGAGCGCUUCAUACCGCUGUCGCAUGUCGUCUCAGCUCUCGUAAGGACAGCAAUGCUCGAGCUGCGGCAGCUCCGAGACGUCACGGCAGAUUUGUCCGAUCAAAAGCGCAAACGACGCAUCAUUGACUACUGUUCGGCAUUCAAGACUGAGUUUGUCAAGGUACUUGUGCUUGUUGACUGGGCCAAGAAUGCAGACGAUGUUCACCGUGCUAUUGAUGUCAAAGCGUGGCUUCAAGGUCAACGAAAUUGCUUCGACAAUUUGUACGGGUCACUGCGGUGGGAUGUCUUGCGGUCUAUGGAGCACGCAAAGCUGCGUAAUCCAGACCUGCUUGGGGCUGUGGAUGUCUUGAAAACUGGUUCGUUUCCUCGGCUUCGACAGAGUGAAUUGGCGAGACAGUAUCGUGUUCUUCCACCGAUCAAGCCGCGGCAAGUGCUGCGCACGAUGCAAGCUAUGAAUGCCCUCAUCAGUUUACGUCUCCAGCUAUACGAGACGCUUCCCUGGCCUAUGCGUCACUUUACAAUAUCCUCAGGACGUGCUCGGUUCCACAUACCAGACGCCUUUACAGCAGACUUGUCUUUUGCCUCUGAAGACGUUGAGUUGCCGGCCUUGACAUGGUUCUUGAUCGACUUCAGCUUUGCGAGUGAAACGCCGGAUACUGUUAAGCUGGAAAUUGAGGCCAUGUCGAACGCACUGAUGUCGCAAGCACAAGCAGAAGGCCGACCGCAGCUUGUCUCUCUUUACAAUCGCUUGCAUUCUCUGCUCGUACUAUACAAGCUUGAGCGGCUCUUCAACCAGUUUUCCGCUUUGGAUCCGCGGCAAAGGAAGCUGGUGGACGUCAAGUACGCUUCAGCAGAGCGCAAAAUGGUGGUAGGUUACUGGCUAGACCAACGUGCUUCAGAAGGGCACGCACGUAACUCUUUUACAGUUUCGAUUGCUGCCGUCAGUGUUCCUGCCAAGGCUAGAUUGCUAAAAAGUCAGCGGCAUAGUCUUGACUACAAUACGGACGCGCUCGUCGCCUAUAGACGAGACGACAGCGGCGAAGAUAGACCGCUGCUCUUCACCCUUGAUGGUCUGGAUGCAUCGAGUCUAUUGGAGAGCGUUCUUGCCAUGCACCAAACACAAAACCUCACUGCGCUCAAAGAUGCACUGCGUUUGAGAUGCACACUGAACGAUGCGGAGCUCGUUGUACGUCUUUCUGACACGAAUCAGCUGUGCAUAUCAGUGGAUGCUUCCAAUGGUCAAUUCGUUGUUUACAGACUCGGCGAACCUGGCCCGAUACGCAUUCAAAAUACUCAAAUUGCGACGCUCCGACGCCAGAUCAAUGGCUCAAGCAAUGUCGGCGAGCAAGCAGCAUUCGUUCGGCAAUAUCAACUCGCAGUCGCGCGUCACGAGCUCGAACAAGCAGCAACUCUUGCUUGCUGGACACUCUUUCGCUUUACACAAGUGGCCUUUGAACGUGACGACUUCCAGCGUGCCUUUUCUGGUGCACAAGCCAAAGAUUGUCUCUUUUUGACAAGAGCGCAAGAGGGCUGGCAGGAAACGUCAGUUGAGCGGAGCGCCUGGUUUGUGGUGGCCACGUUCGCCCGUGUAGGUCCUGAUGUCUCUGUUCAGUUAUACUUGGCAGAAUGCCAGGUCGACGAGGAGCGUGGGUGGUACAUUCAAUGGACAGAAGCGCUUGAACCAGUCAAAGCGGAAGUCUCGUUCGAUUGGCAACGGAUAUGGCGUUUCUCUACCGCGCGCAUCUUGCUGCUCCAAUUAUCUCGCGCUUUGACAGAACGCGGUUGUCAAUAUCGCUUUGUGGCAGGAAAGAGCCCCUGGCGGACCAUUCGGGUUCCGGCGCUGCGUGUUGCGGCAAAGGAUAUGCCGCCAGGUCGUCGUAUUUGGUCUGGAGAUGCAACAUGGACAUUGACACGCGUGGGCGAAGAGUGCGAGUUGAGUUUGCAAGCACAGAAGCUUCUAGCUACUCAACUCGACCUGGGAGCCUUGGAAUCCAAUGGACAGCUCAACAUAACACGGCGUGUCACUGUCAGAGAUGGCAUUGCGGCUGCUGUGAGUGAAGUACUGGACGUCUGGCGACAAGUUGAGGAUCGCAUCUGCCGCAUUGAAAGCAUUUCUCGUCUAUCUGGUCGCCUGGAUAUACAAGCCUCCUCUUUGGCUAGCCUUGUGCUCAGCUAUGGCUCUUACCAGCUCAAUAUCGGGGAGGAUACACUUGCAUUGUCGACGGCGAUGCCAGGCUUGUUGAAUCCCCAUGAACGCGUGUUGCCGCUAUUACAAGCACUGUAUACGCGGUACGCAUCCAUCCUUGUCUUGGGCGAGACCUUGCUUGCAACACUGCCUGCUCUUGAGGCCUUCACUUUGCUGGAGCAACAGACCUUUUUAUCGCCAUCGUGCUAUAUCGUGACACGCUCACUUUCCUUGUAUCGAAUCUAUUACCCGACUCGGCAAGCUGGCCUGGAGAUACAGUUGCGCCCUCAACCGUCAGAGUCUCUAAUGUCCACCUCAGGCACAUCCCUCGAAGGAGCGGCAGAGUGGUUGCUGCUCGAUCUUGCCUCACUUGGUGUUGAAGCCAGCGUGCGCUUUUGCUCUGUUGCACACAAAGUCGGCUUCAAGGCAAUGACACUGGCUUCACAUGCGACGAAUGUGUUUGGUUUGCAGAUACCAGCUGAUGCUCAAGGGGAUGCAAGUCUCUCGAGCACACUGAUGCGCAUACACGAUGGGAUCAUGCAGAUACCGGAGCGCAAUGCUGCUGUUUUUGGGAUACCACAAGAAAGUCCCAGAAAGAAGGGUCCAGCUGCAAGAAGAGUGAGCAAGGCGUCUACUACUGCCUCGAAGAAGCCUGGCGUGACCAAUGGCCGCGAAGUGAUUGAGUUGUAGCUGAUUAGGAGAUCUUUUAUGACUGCCUUUUUCGUGCGAUCUAUGUUUACAUAGAAAAGGCAGUUAGGAGGAGGCCGUAGAGUCUUGACGGGAUGCGACAAUGCUGAUACCCUGCUCCAGCUCACAUGCUUCCUUCUCCUUCUGCUCCGCUGAUUUUCUACGCAAGACUCAUGCUGCGGCCUCGUGUCGCCUUUUGGUCAUCGCUGUCAUGACGUCUGCGCCUCGCUGCUCCGCCGUCGUCAUCGUCGCUCGCCCUCCAAAUUAAGCUCAAAUGC